AUGGAGAAGGCGGCAGCGGUGAGCGAGGGCGGCGGCAGCAACAGCAGCAGUCGCAGCAGCAGCCGCCCCACGUCGGCGGGCUCGUCUCCCUCGUCCUCCUCCGCCAGCCGCGGGCUGCCGGGCCGGGCGGCGGCUGCGGGGAGGCUGGAUGGAGGCGGGGGGGCCGGCGGCGGCGGCAGCAGUCCCGGCUCGGCGGCGGCCAGCCCGGGGGGCGCGCAGGCGCCCGGUGGCGGCGGCAGGCGGCGGGAGUCGGUGCUGGAAGGGACGCUCAGCAAAUACACCAACCUCCUGCAGGGCUGGCAGAGCAGGUACUUUGUGCUGGACUUUGAGACGGGGAUUCUGCAGUAUUUCGUGAAUGAACAAAGUAAAAACCAGAAGCCACGAGGAACCUUGUCUUUAGCUGGAGCUAUAAUAUCACCCAGUGAUGAAGUGCCACACAUGUUGGUGGUCUACUCUGCCAAUGGAGAGAUGUAUAAGUUGAGAGCUGCUGAUGCGAAGGAGAAACAAUACUGGAUAACUCAGCUUCGAUCCUGUGCCAAACAUCACAAGGAAGGUAAUUCUAAGAGCAUUUCAUCUUCGCGAAGUAGAAGCUCAUCUCUGCUGCCACCUGGGACAGUUAAUUCUGCAUCUCCUAGUGGUCAGAAACAUAUGAAUCAAAGUGGGCCAACUGUUGUAACCAUCACACAUCACAAAUCACCUGCAGCUGCUCGAAGAGCGAAGAGCCAGCGUUCUGGUCAGCUCCAUGAAGUCAGAGAGAUCAUGAGUCAAGUUGAGGGACAACAGAAGAAUCUUGUACAAGCCAUUGAAGCUCUCCCAAGUUCUGGGCCCCUUUCUGCCUUGGAUCAGGACUUGCUGCUUUUAAAAGCUACCUCUGCUGCCACCCUGAGCUGCCUUGGAGAAUGCCUGACUCUACUGCAACAAAGCAUGCAUCAAGUAGGCCAGCAUCAUAACAGGACGUUGUCAUCAGAAGGUAUCCUGGGAUGGCCUGGGCCCAAGUCGCACUCCACAGAGCAACUGAAAAACGGUGCCCUCAGCUCCUUAUCAUCUGCUAGUGCCAACAUUACGUGGGCAAUAGUACCAUCUGCAGCCCAGGAUGGACAGGCACUACAACCAAAUACAGAGCCUCAUUCAGCUUCUGAGUUGAUCCUAGUUGAAGAUGAAAUGACAGAUACUGAAGAUAAUGAAGAGGAGGAUUUAGGAGUCAUGGAUGAUCAACGUAGUGUAAUUCUCCAUCUCAUCUCUCAACUCAAACUUGGCAUGGACCUUACCAGGGUAGUGCUUCCAACAUUUAUUUUGGAGAAAAGAUCCCUGCUGGAGAUGUAUGCAAAUUUCAUGGCCCAUCCAGACCUGUUUUUGUCAAUUGCAGCUGGAGCCACUCCCGAGGAAAGAAUUAUCUGCUUUGUGGAGUAUUAUCUAACAGCUUUUCACGAAGGUCGAAAGGGAGCGGUUGCCAAGAAGCCCUAUAACCCUAUAAUUGGUGAAACGUUUCAUUGCUCGUGGGAUGUGCCUAAAGAUAAAGUGAAAGCAUUCAGAACUAAUGGUGCCUCCACGGUUUCUAAGGACCCACCCAAGGAGUUUGGCCAGGACCAAUCCACGUGCUACAAGCUGAGGUUUGUAGCUGAACAAGUAUCCCAUCAUCCACCGGUAUCUUGCUUUUACUGUGAGUGCAAAGAGAAGAAAAUGUGUGUGAACGCUCACGUAUGGACCAAAAGCAAGUUUAUGGGCAUGUCAAUAGGUGUUUCUAUGGUAGGUGAAGGUGUUCUUUACUUGAUGGAACAUGAAGAAGAGUAUGUUUUCACCCUGCCUAGUGCCUAUGCUCGUUCAAUACUUACCAUCCCAUGGGUGGAGCUUGGAGGGAAGGUCAACAUCAAUUGUGCCAGAACGGGCUAUUCUGCUACAGUCACGUUCCAUACCAAGCCAUUCUAUGGAGGGAAGGUCCACAGGGUUACAGCCGAAGUGAAGCACAAUCCCACUAACACCAUUGUAUGCAAGGCACAGGGAGAAUGGAAUGGUACGCUGGAAUUUACUUACAGCAACGGAGAAACCAAAGUGAUUGACACUAACAAACUGCCUGUUAUCAGGAAAAAGAUUAGGCCGAUAGCAAAGCAAGGCCCACUGGAGUCAAGGCACCUUUGGCAACAUGUCACCAAUUCUCUGAAAGAAGGUAAUAUUGAUGCAGCAACAGAACACAAGCACCGCCUUGAAGAGAGACAGCGAGCAGAGGAGAGGCAACGUGUGGCUCUUACAACGCCGUGGAAACCAAAAUAUUUUGCCAAAGAGGGCGAUGGUUGGCUAUACUUGAAUCCUCUCUGGAAGACCCAUUGACGGGAUAGAACAGUUGCCUCAUAACUUUACCUUAAAGGCAUUAAAAUGAUACAGUAUAUAACUUAAAGGUGUCAUUGAAUAGGUCAUGUUAUUAGAAGAGACAAACGAGAAGCUAUAUACUGUGAAUGAUGCAUCUCAAAAAUAACCACAAGCUCAAGUUUAUUCAGGAGCCAUUUUGUGUGUAUGGAUACACAAACACACAUGCACAUGUCCAUAUAUACACACAGUGUGUAUGUGUUUGUGUGUGUAUUAUUUACACUACAUGUAAACAAGUAUAAACACUAACAGUGAUUUAAAGACCUUUUCCUCUAAGUGUUAGGGCAUAGAACUCCGGCUGGACUCAGCUGGGGUUCCCCGAGUUGUGUGCUUGCAGGAUCAGGCCCUAUGCUAGUAUUUAAGAAAAUACUUUUUUAUUAGUACUGGUUAAGGUUUUUCUAUUUUUCACUUUUGCCAAAAAUGUUUUGCACUUAAAAUGUGACGCGUCACUUAAUGGCAGUCGUUCUGUCUAAACAGUCAUUGAGUAACUCACUUUGACAUACGAAUGAUACACUGACAGCGCGCUCGCUCUUCGGGAUGCUGAUUUAAGAGCAUGUUUCCUGUCACUUACGAGUGUGAAUUUUCUGCCAUCUUACAAGAAGUAGCAAUACCUUCUCAAGAACAUGGUUCGCACUAACCCGUUGUGUCCUCACUUUUUUUGUUUGUUCAUACUUCCAGCUGUUUAAUAGAUCUCUGGUCACCAAUGAGCCAGCUGCUCCGGUAGUUUUGAUCUUGCUGUGUAACGUUCUCUGGCUACUGUCACGCCAAUGCUUUUGGGUUACACGUGCCGCUAAAUGUCUUCUGGCAGAUGUAGCUGUGGUGUUCCAGCUCGCUCUUGCCUCAGCUUUCCUCCCCCACGUAAGAGAGGCGUAGCAGGCCGUUGGGCUGUGCCUGAGGCACCCCCAUUCACAGCCUUGCCUUUUUAAACCACCGCUGAUGCGUUCACGCUAAAAUGCCGGGCGGUGCGUUGAGGCGGGUGAGGCCGGGUAGGAGUCCUGUCCUGGUGCGCCGCUGUGACAGGCGUCAGCCUGCCCCGCCGGCCGAGAGGCGGGUUCUGUACGCUCCUCCGGAAAAUCAGACAAGAGCUCGUCUGGUCAGA